AUGAGGAAGCUCGCGGAGAGGCUGAGGGCCUUCUGCAGGAACCGAUGGCUGGUGUUGGUGGCUGCAAUGUGGGUGCAGUCCAUGGCCGGCAUCGGCUACCUCUUCGGCGCCAUCUCGCCGGUGCUUAAGGCCAGCCUCGGGUACAACCAGCGGCAGGUGGCCGCGCUGGCCGUCGCCAAGAACAUCGGGGGCUACGUCGGCGUCGUCGCCGGCACGCUCUCGGCUGCGCUGCCGGCGUGGGCGAUGCUCCUCAUGGGCGCGGCGCAGAACCUCCUCGGCUACGGCAGGCUCUGGCUCAUCGUCACCAGGCAGGCGCCGCCGCUGCACCUCUGUAUGAUGUGCGUUCUCAUAUUCGUUGGAAACAACAACGCCACAUACUUCAACACAGCUUCGCUCGUGACAUGCGUCCAGAACUUCCCGAGGAGCAGGGGCCCAAUGGUGGGCAUCCUGAAAGGAUUCCUGGGCCUAACCAGCGCUAUUCUGACACAAAUCUACACAGUAAUGCACACAACAGACCAGGCUUCACUUACCUUGAUGAUCGCUGUUGGUCCAUCGCUGGUUGCCAUUGCUAUGAUGUGUUAUCAGGCCAGUUGGAGGAUCAGGGUUGACAGUGAUGACAAUCUGGGUCAGAUGAGCCAGGCUGUUGGAUUCAAAGAUGUGCAUAUCUUCGUGUCAUUGACGAGCAUAUGGGACUUCCUUGGUCGUGUUGGUGGUGGCUACUUCUCUGAGAUCAUCGUCAGGCAACAUGCAUAUCCAAGGCACAUAGCACUAGCAAUUUCUCAGAUCCUGAUUGCUACUGCACAUUUCCUCUUUGCUAUGGCUUGGCCUGGAACCAUGUAUAUCGGGACCUUCCUGGUUGGACUCGGAUAUGGAGCUCAUUGGGCCAUUGUGCCAGCUGCUGUCUCUGAACUUUUCGGCAUAAAACACUUUGGUGCAAUGUACAAUUUUCUCGCUCUAGCAAACCCCACAGGAUCCCUUAUCUUCUCAGGCCUUAUUACCAGUACCCUGUAUGAUUAUGAAGCUGAGAAACAAGCUCACCAACGUCGUCAGUUCAUGGCAUUGGCGUCUCCAAGGUUGCUUCACAGUGCAGGUUUUUUUGCUGAUGGACCGCUUAGUACUCGCAAUUCAGAUCCACCACUGGAUCAAUCAUUGGUUUGCUGGUCAGCUGGUGGCGUUGCAACCUCCGGCAAGCUUUUGCUUCCGAUUCAUGUUGAUGUUCUGGACAUCAUCUUCAAAUUCAUGUCUAUUUCUGAAUAUCUUGCUUACUGUCUAUGA